GGAGGAUUGUUGUCAUUUUUGGUGGCUAGCCGUCAGAGCUAGCUAGCCGCUUGGUUUUCUCUCCAACAUACUUUGAUCCAGCAGGAUGUUAGUAUGGAGUGUGUCCCAGUUUUGCCGGACAGCCUGGUGUUGGAGAUCUUCCUGCGUCUGCCCCAUGAUGCCGUGCUGAGAGCUGGUCUGACCUGCAGACAGUGGCUCGCCGUCUCUAGAGAUGAGUUCCUUUGGAGGGAGCUGUUUUACAGCUACUACCGCAUUCCUCGCUCUGUACCCCGACACCCAGCGGCGGUGUCAUGGUACAGGGAGUUCAGGCGUCUGUUCGACUGCAUCCCCUGUGUGGAGGUUCAGACGCUGAGAGAGCACAGCGACCAAGUCCUCCACCUGGCGUUCUCUCACAGGGGUCACCGGUUCUCCUCCUGCUCCAAGGACUGUACUGUGAAGCUAUGGGACACUGAGCGCCAAGAUGGCAACAUCUCCCUGGUGCACAGCUCCAGUAUGCGCCAGUUUAACUGGGGAUACACACAGUUCUCCCAGUUUAAUGCUGACGACACCCUGCUGCUCGUAUCUGGUGUCUACCUGGGUCCACACCACUCUUCCUCUGGGGAAAUCGCUGUCAUCAGUCUGGAAAACUACACACUGUUGUCUCGUGUAAGGAACAAACCUUACGACGUGUUUGGCUGCUGGCUCAACGAGACCCACCUGAUCUCUGGUAACCUGCACUGGAUCGGAAACAUGACGUCAUGCUCCGUGCUCUGGCUCAACAAAGCCUUCCAGGAUGUUGAAUCAGAGAACAUCAACGUAGUCAAGCGCCUUUUCAAAAUCCAGAACAUCAACGCCAGCACCAUCCGCACGGUGAUGGUGGCCCACUGCCGCCGUCACGACAACCCGGAUUUGCUGCUGGACUACGAGGCUCAGUCUCUGGCUCGACGGCAGAAAGGGCAGCAGCAGCAGAACCACCAGCCCCUCCUCUUUGACCUGGGAGCCUCCGGCAGCGAGGAAGAAGACGAAGAAGAGGAGGACGAGGAGCGCCAGAGAGAGGCGAGAUGUCACAGCCACACGACCCGUGUUCCUCAGCCCACAUUCACCGGCCUGGAGCAUGUUAUACAGAGUCGUAAAAAUGUCGGGCCCAGGGAGCUGGAGAUUGAGACCCAGGUGGCUCAGAUGAUGGGCAGAGCAUACACAAAGGCUCCUGCCUCAAACCUAAUCGAGCCGUCUGAACCUGGGGAGGGAGAGGACAAAACGUACUUACUUUUCACCACCGGCAGCCUUACUUACUCCCCUCACCAGAUAGGCAUUAAACGGAUCAAACCAGACCAGAUGACCACUUCUGGUCCUGUUCUUGGAGAGGAGCGGAGUUCAGAUGAGUUUUUUGAUUCCCUGGAUCAUGUUAUAGAUAUCCACGGACACAUUAUUGGAAUGGGCCUUUCUCCAGACCACAGGUACCUUUAUGUGAACAGUCGGGCGUGGCCUGCGGGGUGUGUGAUCUCCGACCCUAUGUCUCCUCCUCCAAUCGCAGAGGAGAUUGAUCUGCAUGUGAUCGAUCUUAAGAGUCUAAGGGAGGAGAGGAGGAGUCUACGCGCUCACCGAGCCUUUACGCCAAACGAUGAGUGCUUCUUUAUCUUCCUCGAUGUCAGCAGAGACUUUGUUGCCAGUGGAGCAGAGGACAAACAUGGCUACAUCUGGGACCGCCACUACAACAUCUGCCUGGCCCGUCUGGCACAUGAUGACGUGGUGAACUCUGUGGCAUUCAGCCCCGCCGACCAGGAGCUGCUGCUCUCUGCUAGUGAUGACUCUACCAUUAAGGUGUGGCGUUCGCCACGCAUGGUGCGCCUGGCUCAGUCCUCCGCUCGCCCGCCGAGGCCUCGAAGCCUAUUGUCAUCAUGGCUGAGUCGAAACAAGAACUCAUCAUCUGCCAGCAGUGUGAACGGAAAACCGUGAGUCAGGACGGAAUAAAAAACACGAGCAGUGGGAGGGAGAGGGAGGGGGGGAAGUUUGAUCUUUUCCUCCGUGGUGUGAAUACAAGUAUACAUACACUCCAUGUAUAUGUACAGUGUGGAAACAGUUGGUGGUUUUGCUUGAGCUGUCGUGACACACAGAAGUGCUCGUUGUCUACAGCUGACAGGAGACGGUUUGUGAUGUGACUCAGGGUUAGACACAAGAGGGCGCCAGAACACCAGCACAAGGACAGAGUAGCACAGACUGCUGGGCAGGAGUGAUGUGAGAGUUUUAUCACAGAUAGUGUAGAGCUGACACCUAAAUGCACAAGACAGAUGUCCUAACGGUCUCCCUGUGACGGUUUCUGUCUGUUUCUUUUGUUGGAGUAGGUCGACACAGGACGUGUGGGCCUGAGGUGUAAAUGUGUAAAUGUUCUGCAGAGAGAAAAUCUUAUGUCCUGCUCAUCAGAGGUGAAACCGAGAAUAAUUUCAGAAAUGUCUUUGCUUAUUUAUGGAUGUUAUUGUCACGAGUUUAAACACCUCCCAAACCAGAGGAUUCAAACAAAACAAAGGGAAGAUGACAUUUCGCUGCGUUUACUGCAGUUGGCCUUUUUUUUUAAUCCCAUCUUGUUUUUGUGCCCGAGAAACGACCCUUCACCUCUCUAUCAAGGAAUAAUUUUAUCUAGAAGACUCUUUGAGAAAAAGUUAGCGUGAAGCAUGACCGUAAAAAAAAAAGAAAAACAACAAAUGUUUGUGUAGCUGAUUGUUAUUUGGACCUAUAUAACGUAGAGAUGUAUUUUAACACCUUCAGUAAUUUGUAGCACUCUUUAAUUUUGACGCAUCAGGAUCAGUUUUCCCCUCCUAGACUUUUUAAAUAAACAUUUCCCAUUAUAUAUGCGGGAGGGUUUGUGUAAAAUCAUUUUACUUGGUGGAGUUUGGUGUACCUGCAUAUAGAAAACCAAAAAAACCCUCUAAAUACAGCUGAACUAAUGUACAAGAACAUUUAAAUGGCAAGAUAUCUAACUGACUCAUCACCCUGUUAUCGCUCACAUUUGUCCCUUUAAGCUUUUUUCUUUGGUGUCACAUUAUUGAACAUGUUACUUUAUAUAUUUAAAACUUUAUAUGCCCUUAAGGAUACAUUAUGCAUGUUUUUGUUGGUAUAAGAGGGUUGAAGAUGCCCACAUUGUUGAAUUUGCAAACUUUAAAACAACACAACAAAGAUCUAUUGGCGAUUUAACAUCAUUUGAAGUUUUGUUGAAUAACCCCUGCAAAAACUAAAAUCUUAGGCUGGCUACACACUUGACAAUUAAAAGGCCAAAACUUGAUAAGAUCUGCCACAAUCAGGGGCCGAUUCAAGGUUUGUCACAGCUGAUCAUUUGUCCAAAUAAUCCUCAAGUGUUUUGUGUCAAAAUGAUUCGUUUAUUGCUCCAGAUCAUGACAGAGCCACCCUGAUCUGGAAUCGAAGAUGUUUGAUAUUUAUGAUUUCAUAUCAGGGAGGCUCCAAUGGGUGUAGCCAAUAAAAGCCAAAGAGAGCAAGCAGACCAGGAAGUGUCACCAACUGGAUGUUGGGUACUUUCACAGUUCAGUACUUCAUAGACCUUUAUCGCAACCCACUUUUGGGUCCCACCCCAACAAUUGAGAAUCCCCGGUCUAGUAUGUGCAGUUGGAGGAUUAGGAUGUUAAAGGUCACAUAUUUUACCCUUUUAAGAUGCAUUUAUAUUGGUUUUAGAGGUCCCCAAAACAUGCCUGAGAAGUUUGUUGCUGAAAAAACACUCCAGUGUAGGAUUUUUGCAUGUCAGAA